GCAAAUCAGUAGGCCAGCAAACAUACAAUGAGCAUCAAUGAAUGCGCCGGAGCAUUAGCACACGCGGCCUCCGCAACGACACUGAGACGGGACACGUUAUGAGCAAGCGUGUCGCCGGCCGCACUGGUUCUGCAACGUGCUCGGUACAAAGUCCAAAGCGCUCGUGGUUAUUAGUCCUAGCCCCCGUGCUCGGGUUGGUCCUCCUCUUCGGCGUCUGGAGCGCCCUGCCCCCGCCCACAGUAAUUGCAGCACAGGCGCAAGCGGCGCAGGCCCAGGCGCAGGUACAUUCAAAGGCCAGGUCACAGGACGGUCAGGGAUUGGUGCCGGGAGCAGCUGGCUCCAGUGCUUUCGGCUCCAGUACCGGCUCUCCGGCGCAAGUAUCCACUGGACGAGCACUGGUGAAGCAGUCCAAAGAGCAGAUCCGAGGCCUGCACAAGGGCGGCACCGGGAAAGCUAGCAUUAGAGGCAGCGGCGGCGGUAGUCACAGUAGCAGCGGCGGCGCCGGCGGCUCAGACUCCAAAGCAAUGUCGGGACAGCAGGGCGCACCGCCGGCCUCCGCUCGUGUAGUGGUUGUGGGCGGCGGGCUGGCGGGUCUCACCGCUGCCCUCACCGCCGCCGAGCAGCUGGCGGCGGCGAACGGGACUGCUAGCGGUGGUGCCAAUGGCAGCGGUGUCUACGAGGUGGAUGUGCUGGUGGUGGAGAAGAUGCCGCGCCUGGGUGGCAACAGCGCCAAGGCUUCCAGCGGCAUGAACGCACUGAACCCGCAGGGUGGAGACAGUGAGCCGCUGUUUUCUUCAGACACGCUCUCCAGCGGCGGCGGCGCCAGUGUACCUGAGCUGGUUCAGCGGUUGGUGCACGACAGCCCCGCCGCGCUCUCGUUCCUGGAGGCGCAUGGCGUAGCACUGGCGGGUGUCACGCAGCUGGGGGGCCACUCCGUGCCCAGGACCCGCACCGUGACGGCCGGCGCCAAUGUGGGCUGGGCCAUUAUGUCCGCACUCAGCGCCGCGGUGAAGGCGCACCCGCGCAUCCGGGUUCUUGAGGGCUACUCUCUCAAACGCAUCGUGACGACCGAGUCGGGGUCGGAGCCAGCGGCUGGCGGCGCGCAGCAGCGUCCGCAGGUGGCGGUCACGUCCGUGCAGCUGGCGCAGUCGGGCAGUGGGGCGCAGUCGGGCAGUGGGGCGCAGUCGGGCAGUGGGGCGGCUGGCGGCCCUGCCGCCCCCUCUUCCGCUGGGGCCGCUGCUGCCAGCUCGGUGCGGUGUGGUGCGCUGGUGCUGGCCACCGGCGGCUAUGCGGCCAACAGGGAGCUGCUCAAGCGCUAUGCUCCGGAAGCCGCCGAUCUGGCCACCACCAACGGCCCCUGGGCGGCGGGUGACGCGCUGCAGCUGGCGGAGGAGGCGGGCGCCAAGCUGGUGGGGCUGCAGGACGUGCAGGUGCACCCGACUGGCUUCGUGGACCCGGCGGACCCGGACUCGGCGACCAAGUUCCUGGCGCCUGAGAAGCUGCGCGGUGUGGGCGGACUGCUGCUGGCGCCUGGGUCCGCAGCCCGCUUUGCCAACGAGCUGGGCCGGCGCGACCAGGUGGCGGGCGCCAUGGCGGAGCUGCCGGGCCGCACCGCCUGGCUGCUGCUGGGCGCGGCGGCGGCGGCCGAGUACGGCAGCGGGGCACUGGGGUUUUACUGCAGCAAGGGCCUCAUGACCAAGGCUGAGGUCCUGGCCGCCGCGGCGGCUUCCAUGGGUGUGUCCGAGGCCGCACUGCGCGGGACACUGGAGGCUUAUGGGCGCCUGGCAUCGCAGGCCCAGCAGCAACAACAGAAGGGCGCAGAUGCAGGGGCGGGGGUGGAGGGCGAGGGGGCUGCAGCGGGCGGGGGCGGUGCCGGGGGUGGGGGUGGGGUUGGGGGCGGAGCUGUGACGGACGAGUUCGGCAAGCGCGUGUUCCGCAAUGCGCCCCACCCCGACACCGACCUGCCCAUGUAUGUGGCGCGAGUCACACCCGUGGUGCAUUACACCAUGGGCGGAGUGGCAAUCAACCAGCAGGCGCAGGUGCUCCGGGCUUCCGCACCGGGCAGCCAGCAGCACCACGACCAGCGGGAGGGCCAACGGGUCACCGAGGUCAUUGGAGGCUUGCAUGCCGCGGGGGAGGUCAGCGGCGGUGUGCAUGGCCACAACCGGCUGGGCGGCAACUCGCUGCUGGAGUGCGUGGUGUACGGCCGGGUGGCGGGGCUGGCGGCCGCCACUGCCGCUGCCGCUGCCGCACAACCUGCCACUGUGGCGUCUACGUCUAGGAUUUAGGCAAGGCGGCAGGCUUGGGGCAUCUAGUGCAGAUCUUGGUGGUAGUAGCAAGUAUUCACAUGGGAACUUUAAAGACUGAAGUGGAGAAAGGUUCCAUUUGAACAGCACUUGGGCAUGGGUUAGUCAAUCCAAGAGAUGGGGUAAUCCUGCUUGAAGAGCGCGAUUCGCGCUGCCCAUCGAAAGGGACGAGGGCUGCGCGGAGCUACAGUGCCCUCCACGGGUGCGACAUGCCCCCACGGUAAUAGGGCCAUCCGUGGAUCUCGCCAACGCGGCGUCCCCACACGCCGAAGCAAUGUGUUGAGUUUGCGCCUAGAACGGACGACCACUCAGGACGGUGUAAGAGGGCUAGCGCUGAGACAGGAAUUCGCAAUUCGGGACCUGCAUCGCUGCAGACUGGCGGCGGUGGCAGCGGCGGCGGCGGCGGCGGCAGCAGCAGCAGCGGGGGCGCGUGCGCGCAUCUUGUAGCGGAGGGGGCGGGAAAGGCCACGUGGAGGAGGAGAGCGCAGCGCCGCCCAGGAAGCGGCACAAGCGCGCAGGCUGAGGAGCCGGCUGGUGUCUAGGUAGCGGUCCGCGGUGGGGCUGGCAGGGCAUGCGUAGCGGCAUGACAAGUAGUGCGGCUGUUGACAACUGUGCUACGUCUGGCUGCGGUUGGCUCUGCUGUGGCAUCGCAACUGCUAGAUAGGCACCUGGUUUGCCUAUGUGCCUGUGGAAACCGACCCUGGCUAUGUCCGGGCGAUGAGGUUGUUCGGCCUCAGACUGUGGAGAGGCUCAGCAAGAGGCUCAGCCCCUUUUCCCGUGACCGGGGAACACUUGUCGCGGCUCUUGAGACGUGUAUGGGCUUGAUUUUACGCGUGGGCUUGAUAAAAUUGUAUACCAAGGGGUGCCUGCUUGGUUUCCCAUUGUCCCUCCGAAUGACUCCGAUGGGACUCCGUGCCCCAUUCCGCCGGGUGCUGGUGCAGGUUUGGGCGGGUACAGGGUUAGGCGGGUUCAGGUUUUGGCGGGUUCAGGUUUGGGCAGGUGCAGGUUUGGGCGCGUGCACAUAAUAUAGCAUCCGUGU